AUGGCCAAACCAGACGAGAAACCUCAAUUACUGAGACGCUCGUCCCGUAUUGCGGAGAAAAUUGCAGCGCAGAUUGCGGCACAACAGGAACAGGAACAGGAACAGGAACAGGCCAGAAAGGCCGAAAUGGAAGCCAGGGCGACGUACAGCGAGCUCAGCCAGUCCGGCUCCUCUCACACAGGCCCGGCUCUGAAGCACGCCUGUUUCGUGUCCGACGGACCCUUAUGCAACAUCUGCAACCUAGCGAUUGAUCAAUGUGUCAAGACUCUCGACGAGUUGAAUUUGGCUGUCGACGAUGGACUGAGUCUGACUGGAGAUGAGUUGGAGGAGAAUAUUCGCACUAUUUUCCAAGUGAAAAACGAUAGGACUGAUUACCUGAGAAGGUAG